ACCGAGUACGGAAAACAGAGCUUUUAUUUCCUUGCGUUCUUCCAUUUCGCCUACCCAAAAGAUCUGGUUUGGGGUAACAGAUACCUGGAGUCUUGCAUUUGUUAUUCUGCUUCGCUUCUACCUUAGCCAUGUGUCAACAACACGAUGGUCGAGCCAACAAAAAUACAGACGACGAUGCUCAUGACGGACCCGUAACGAAAGAUCCUUUCCCUUGGUCACUUGGAGUCUACGAUGCUCACUGUCAUCCCACCGACACGAUGGCCUCCCUGGAGGACAUCCCCGGCAUGAAUGCCGCCGUCCUCACCGUCAUGGCGACUCGGUCACAGGACCAGUCUCUCGUCGCCGACGUAGCCGCCUCGCCUCUCGCCGUUCGCACUCGAAAGGACCUCUUGGAAGAUUUGUCUGGAAACCAAGACCGGAAUCGGGCCCGUGCCAUCCCCUGCUUCGGUUGGCACCCCUGGUUCUCUCACCAGCUCUACGACGACACCAUCCCGGAUUCCGAAAAGACAUAUCACCCACCGGCGGACGGCAACGAGGAAGACGCCCGCUCUGCUAAGCGAGCCCACUACUCGGCCGUGCUCACCCCAGCGCCCAACCCAGACGACGACGCCUUUUUCGACUCGCUCCCCGAACCCGCUUCCAUCUCUUCCUAUACAGAUGCCACCCGAAAGCGCCUUCUGGACAGUCCACUGGCUCUGAUCGGCGAGAUCGGCCUGGAUAAAGCCUUCCGCCUACCCCAACCUUUCCCCGACGGCCAACCCGCCCAAGCCACCGACGGAAAGACCCCGGGAGGCCGCGACGGACGUCUCCUCAGCCCGCAGCGCGUGCGCAUGGACCACCAAAUCGCGGUGCUCAAAGCCCAGCUGCGACUGGCCGGAGAGCUCGGUCGGGCCGUUAGCGUGCACGGCGUGCAGGCGCACGGGGUUCUCUACGACGCGCUGGCGUCGUGCUGGAAGGGCCACGAGCGGGAAGUGCUCAGUCGGAAGGAGAGGAGACAGAUCGCGCCGGGGGCGGAGGACUUUUCGUCGUCGUCGUCGUCGUCGUCGUCGUCGUCGUCCUCAUCUGCUUCUGAAGACGAGGGCGAGGGAGCGAGGCAUACAACAAGUGGCAGGAAACAGCCGAAGCGGGAAGAGGACAGGAGCGGGAAGGAACAUGGCCAGGGAGCACCAUACCCGCCUAGGAUAUGUCUGCACUCGUUUUCGGGGCCGGCGGAGAUGUUGAAGCAGUACCUAAACCCGGCUAUCCCGGCACGCAUGUUUGUCUCCUUCUCCGCGGCUAUUAACCUCGGGACCGCGGGCGGACUGCAGAAGUUCGAGGACGUGCUGCGGACGUGCCCGGACGAUGGUGUGCUGGUGGAGAGCGACUUACAUGUUGCCGGUGAGGAGAUGGACGCCGCGCUGGAGUCGAUGUACCGCAGGGUGUGCGAAGUAAAGGGCUGGGGACUUGAGGAGGGUGUGAGGAAGAUCUCAGAGAACUACCAUGCAUUCAUAUUUGGGUGAUUGGACAUGGAAAGGCAAUGCUAAGAUCGGGUGCCGGCGGAGCAGUGAGCUAGACUCCUAGAGGCACGGAGACACCCCUAGCGGACAAACCAUCCAUGAUGACACCGCAUCACAUUCCGGGCAAAAGCGAUUAGCGGUAGUAGAAGGUUGAUAGAGAUGGCAUACUGAGGUUGGUAGAUUCAAAAAUAAAAGGAAAAAGAAAAACUAUACAUUUGGUAA